AUGGAUAAACUGACGCAAAAUAAGUUCCUCCCGCACCACGAGCCUCUGCAAACUUCAGUCUCUUUCGCCACGCAGGAGAGGAGCAACCUGGCCGGGGUGCGGCACAUCCUGCUGGUGCUCUCCGGGAAGGGCGGCGUGGGGAAGAGCACCAUCUCCACCGAGCUGGCUCUGUCGCUGCGGCACUCCGGGAAGAAGGUGGGGAUCCUGGACGUGGACCUGUGUGGCCCCAGCAUACCCCGCAUGUUCAGGGUGCAGGACAACGACGUGCACCAGUGUGACAGCGGCUGGGUCCCCGUCUUUGCGGACCGAGACAAGAGCAUCUCGCUCAUGUCCAUCGGCUUCCUGCUGGAGAAGCCGGAUGAUGCCAUGGUGUGGAGAGGGCCCAAGAAAAACGGCCCGCACUGUUCGGAGUGCACAAACAUCUUUUCCAAAGGGGGAGGUGAGGAGCUGGCCAAGCACGCUGGGGUCCCCUUCUUAGGCUCUGUUCCUCUGGACCCCCAGCUCAGCCAGAGCUUGGAGGAAGGCAGAGAUUUCAUCCAAGAGUUUCCCAAGAGCUCUGCCUUCCCUGCCUUGACUCACAUCGCCCAGCAGAUCUUGGAUGGUGCGUUGCAGCAGAGCUCCUGAGGAGGGUGUGGAGCUGGACUCUUGCCGGCCGAGCCCCUGGCCUGGCAGCACCACCAGCAGCCCGUGCCGGCGGUGGGGAAGGGGGACGCAGAAGCUGUUCGACUCUAAAACUGUCUCAGUGGCGGGUGGCGGGGGGA